AUGUGGGGCCCUUGCUCUCGAGCUGCGGCGGCGGCCGCCUCGCUGCUGCGGCGCCGCUGCUGGGCGCAGAUAGUGCAGCAGCCUUUUAGCAGCAGCAGCGGCAGCAGCAGCAGCAGCAGCAGCAGCAGCAGCAGACGGAGCAGGGACGUAGGCAGAAGCCGGGGCAGUGCUGCUGAGCAGCAGCAGAGGGACAGCCUUGAGGAGCUGCUACAAGUGCGAGCAGCAGCAGCACCGAAUGCUGCAGCAGCAGCAGCACCGAAUGCUGCAGCAGCAGCAGCACCGAAUGCUGCAGCAGCAGCAGCACCGAAUGCUGCAGCAGGAACAACAGCUGCAGCAGCACUAGCAGCUGCAGCAGCACCAACAGCUGCAGCAGCAGCAGAACCAGCAGCAGCAGCACCUCCAAGGCGCCGUGUUAUAUUUCCCCAUCCUUUUGAGCGCUCUGAGCGCUUAAGGGUUUUGUCUGCCCAGUGCAGCAGCAGCAGCAGCAGCAGCAGGAGCAGCAGCGGCGGCAGCAGCAGCAGCAGCAGCAGCGGCAGCAGCAGCAGCAGCAAGAAGGCUGGUGGGGGCCGGCGCAGCAGCAGCAGCAGCAACAAAAGUAGAAGGAAGCAACUUAGAUGGAAGGGAAGGGUGGCGGCGGCCUCGCGAGAGGCUCUGCAGCAUCAGUGGCUUGCGAGUUUGCUGCUGCUGCUGCAGCAGCAGCAGCCGCUGACGGCGGCGCAGCAGCAGCUUCUGGCGCUGCUGCAGCAGCCAAAGAAGCAGCGCAGCAAGCUGCAGCAGCAGCUCUCAAUGCCCCGCAUGCAGCUGGGAACGAAGUUGCUGCGAGAGUUCCGUGCUGCAGUGCAGCAAGUCCAGCAGCACAGCAGCAGCAGCAGCAGCAGCAGCAGCAGCGACAGCAGCAGCAGCAGGCCUGCUGCGGCGAAGCAGCUGCGCGUCUGUCUUGUAGAUUUGAUUUACUUUCUGCCCACCCUUAAUGCAGCAACAGCAACUCACUGUUUGCUGCUUGCUGCCCGCGCCUACCCAACGCAGCAGCAGCAGCAGCAGCAGCAGCAGCAGCAGCAGCAGCAGGAGUGUGGGGAGUGGGACUUGCUGCAGCUGCAGGCCAGACCGACGCAGCAGCUAGUUGAGCUGGCGUUUGCUGCUGCUGCUGCCCGCUGCAGCGCGCGGUGUCUGCGGACUUUCUUAGCAGCAGAUUUGUCUGUGCUGCUGCAGGCGCUGCUGCUGGCCCGCCGCAACGGCGUAGCAGCAGCAGCAGCAGCAGCAGCAGCAGCAGCCGAGCUCGUGACGCGAGCAGCAGCAGAAGUGCAGUGGAAAGCAGCAGCAGCAACAAUCCGAGAAGUUGCUGCUACUCUUGUGCCUCUUGCUGCUUUGGGUCACCGGGACCCUGGGGUGUACGUACACCUCAGCCACCGCCUCACAGAACUCAUCCUGGACCCCGCCCUGCAGCAGCAGCAGCAGCAGCAGCAGCAGCAGCAGCAGCAGCAGCAGCAGCGAGACCUGCUGCUGCAGGUUGAGUGGCUCGCUGCAGCGGGAAAAGCUCUGGCGGCGGUGCAGCAGCAGGACCUGUCGGCGGCGCGGCAGUUUGAAGCAGCAGCAGCAGCAGCAGCAGCAGCAGCAAACUACGCUGAGCGCGCACACUGUGUCCGACAUUGCCUUCUUCGUGUCUGCCUACCUCCGCAUGCAGCAGCAGCAGCAGCAGCAGCAGCAGCAGCAGCAGCAGCAGCAGCAAGGGCUAGGGCCCCAAAGCCCUGCGUCUGA